AUGACAAUAGCUCUCAAGGCAAAGGAUAAACUAGGGUUUAUAAACAGAAAAUGUGAGAUGCCUCCUGCUGAUUCUCCUCUUUUUGAGAAACAGCAAAUGGCUGAUAGUAUGGUUGUAUCAUGGAUCUUAAAUUCCAUAUCAAAAGAGCUCGUUGAAUCUUUCUUAUAUACUACCUAUGCUCGUGAACUGUGGGAUGAAUUAGAGCAGCAUUUUGGUGAAAGUCAUGGGCCAUUGUUCUAUCAAAUUAAACAAGAUAUGUCUGGAUUUAGCCAAGGAAAUUCGUCUGUGACAGUUUAUUUUACCAAAUUGAAGAAACUAUGGGAUAAGUUGUCUUGCUUGCAUCAGUAUCCUGUUUGUAACUGUGGAGCAGCUAAGACAAUAGCUAAUAUGGAGAAUGAAGAUAAGCUUGUUCAGUUCUUAAUGGGAUUAAAUGAGAGCUAUGAGCAUGUGAAGAACCAGAUCUUACUAAUGGAUGCCUUCCCUAGUGUUAUCAGGGCAUAUUCAAUGGUGCUUAGAGUUGAAAAACAAAGAGAUAUAUAG